AUGACGGACGUCUCGCUGAUCACUGCACUCAGCGUCCUACCGCCUCCCCCGCGCUAUCCUACCCAGGCCGCAUACAAUGCCGCCGUCGGCGCUGGCCAUAUCCCGCCCAUGAUCGAGACCAACAAUAUUCUCUCAAACCCCGAGGACCACUUCCUGGUCGGAGAGGCCACCGCUGGGACGAGCGUGUCUUUGAUCAACCUCGACGCCCGCCCGUCCCCACUCCAGUACAGGGGCGUCACAGGGACGGGACUCGGGCAGUCAAGUAUACAGGAACACCCACAUGAGGACAACUCGAGGGAUCCGACCAUCAGCGGCAGUGAAGGCAGGGCAAAUUCUAGCGAUGCGCCUUUGUCAUUAGGCUCGGCCCCCGCGUUCGGGGAGGGGACGGCGUUGCUCGUGGCGCCGAAUUCCAAGGAUGCUAACAAGCGGAAGAAGCCGAAGAACAACAUGACAAAAAGCAACUCUUCAUUUAUCAGCAGGGUCAUCGUCAACGAGGGACUUAGCAAGAGGAUGCAGGAGCGCCCGUCGGACGGGGUCUUUGCCUUUGCGAACAUCAACCGCGCAUUCCAGUGGUUGGACAUGUCGGCUCCUAACAAGGCCGAGUAUCUGACCAAGGUGCUUUUCACAAAGGCGCAUUGUCUUUGCCAUGAUGUGAACCAUAUCACGAAGAGCACAAGCCAUAUUGACGUGAUUAUGGGUUUCUCCACUGGCGAAGUAAUAUGGUGGGAAGCCACCUCACAGCGAUACGCGCGUUUGAAUAAGAAUGGCGUAAUAAACGGAACUCCCGUCUCCCAGAUUAAAUGGAUACCAGGUUCAGAGACCCUGUUUCUUGCAUCACAUAUGGAUGGAUCUCUGGUGGUCUACGACAAGGAGAAGGAGGAUGCCAUCUUUUCGUCGGAACAGGAGAACGGCGAGGUCGAGGCGACAAACGGUACAAACGGGGUCCAUACCUCUAGGAACGGCAUCCAGGUCCAGAAGUCGGUCAACUCAAAGAACCAAAAAUUUAACCCGGUCGCGGCAUGGAAGCUCUCAAACCAGCGGAUCAAUGCCUUCGCCUUCUCACCAGAUAACCGGCGACUGGCUGUUGUGUCAGAGGACGGCUCGUUAAGGAUCAUCGAUUACCUUAAGGAGGAAUUGCUCGAUCACUUCCACUCCUACUACGGCGGUCUCAUCUCCGUUUGCUGGUCACCAGACGGUAAAUACGUCCUCACCGGCGGGCAGGACGAUCUCAUUUCGAUCUGGCACGUCCCCGAGUCCGUUCUCAUUGCGCGGUGCCAAGGCCAUCACUCAUGGGUGACGUCCGUCGCCUUUGACCCAUGGCGCUGCGACGACAAGAACUACCGCUUCGGCAGCGUCGGCGAGGACCGCCGGCUGUGCCUCUGGGACUUCAGCGUCGGCAUGCUGCACCGGCCCAGGGCCGGGACCGGCGCCGGCGCAGCAUCAGUCCGCCAGCGAGGCUCGAUUGCUUCUAGGUUGACUACAUCGCAGCUCACACGCGCCGAGACACAAGGAACUUCUGCGAGCAGAGUACGGUCCAACUCGGCGAUUUCCGCAAAUGGCGAUGGGGAGGACGACUUUAGGGGGCCGCACGCUGUUGAGCCAAGGGCAAGCACUGCAAUACUGCCACCUGUGCUGACAAAGGUUGUGGACGCGGACCCGUUGUGCUGGUUGGAGUUCACAGAGGAGGCUAUUGUCACGAGCUGCAAGUCGGGACACAUCCGCACCUGGAACCGCCCGUCAGACUCGACGGCCCCUGUCGGUGAGACCUCGGCCAGUUGA